AUGCUGUCGGGUCAUCUCCCUGCCAUUCUUUUGGCACUCGGCUCCGUUCUCACGCUCAUCUCUGGUCAACCUGUCCGACCGUUCGCUGGAAACCGUGCUUACGCUGUUGAUGCCGAAGCCGAUGAGACUGGAAAUCGUUGGGCUUUCUCCGUUUACGCGGACGGCUACACUGCUCUGGAUGAGGAGGGCAACACGUCACCUGUCGAUACCCUGCUCGUUAACAAGGUGUCCAAGCGCUUGACUGUCAUCAAGGCCAUGAACGGAUUUGACACUACCACGCCUCGCCUCAAGAUGCGACAGGUUCUCAAGGAAUGCUGGAAGAUGACUGGCCUUCAACCCUCGGAGUUGAAGGAGGUCUUGGGCUACCAGAUUGAGAACGACGACAUGAACAAAGCCCUGGGAGAGUGCCGUACCAAGAUUGGUCUGAGACCGACUGCAUCCUUCGAGAUUUCCAGCAAGGAGACGAACGCAAACCGCAAAUGGUGCUGGGAGAGACUCGGAACAACGAUCUUCUCUUCGGCGAUCAGAGGAUCGAUUGCAGACUUUUCUAUCAACAAGCAGCUCAUUCAGAUCAAGGUCGACAAUGGUGGAAAAUGGGAUCACGUCUACUACGAGUUCUCGUAA